UUGCCAAAAAGAUCUCAUUUCUUUUUUCCUUUUUUUUCCCAACAUUACCGUUCCUCCUUUGCUUUUUAUGUGUACUCCAUUGAUCUUUUUUUGGCUGAGAAAGUUUACGUUGGACGUGAGGAAAUGGAUGCUGGGUUAGGGAAGGCUUCGUAUACUCGGUGGUGGAACUCCAUCCCGUCUCCAUGGCUUCAGUCAGCACUAUCAGAGUACGAAGAAAACAUAUUAGCUUUGCUGGCAGACAUAAAACGAGAGGAUGGUGAUUCCUCCUCGGCCGAGGAAGACGAAGUCUGCCGCCGUAAGAGACCAGAGCUGGUGAAGAGGGUGGAAGGCUUGCACAGGCUACAUUGUUCGUUGGCAGAACAUUUCAUGCAGUCUUCUUCUCGCUCGUCGCCGUCUUCCAUCGUUGGCGAAGCUGCCAGGUAUGAGCAGUCCGAUUCGAACCCCGAAUCCAGCAUGGAAGAUCUUGAACUCGAGACGUGGUCAAAGUGUGGUAAGGGGAGAAAUGGUUCCAUGGCCGAUGAAGUCGUGGACGUGGAGCGCAGAAGAAUCUCCUGCUCGGAACAGACCUUGGCGCUCAUGGAGGAAAACUGCAGGCAACUGAAUGAACUGACGAGGAGGAACGAGGAGAAGAGAGGAGCCAUUAAAGAUCUGUGGAGUCAGGUAGAGAAGCUUCGGAAAGAGAACAGCGGUCUCCGCCGGCAACUCCAUACCGUAACGAGCAAGAGCAACAACUCGAGGUCUCCUGGUGUUAUCAUCAACAAGCCCAGAUCGUCUCUCUCCAGGCUCAAGACUCUUUUCAUGAGUGCACUCUGUGGUAGCGGUUUACCAUAAUCAUCCUACCUUCGAUUGUAUUGUUCAUGUUGACCGAAUCGAGCCUCACUGUUCCUCGCCCCAACCCAGCCGUGUCUGUGGAUCGACCGAGUUGUUGGGCCUUC